UUAUCGCAGCCCGAGGAGGCGCGCUUUCCGCGCUCCCGAUCUCUCCAGUCCUUUUUCAAAUCUGGCCGCUUGUGUGGAUCGCGCUCGCCCCUCCUCCGUGUUGCGCUGCUGCUCAGUCCGUGCGUUUGAUCAAACCGGCCGCCCAAAAACAACAGCGGAAAAAAAACACGAAAAACUGCUACAUCGAGAAACACUACCCGCACACUUUUUUGUUUUUGUUUUUUUGGUGGGGAACAAGACAACCCCCGCCAAAAAAAAAAACCAGCCAAUAAUCCGGACAAUAUGAACCCGAGCUGCGGCAGGUGCGGAAAAGUCGUUUAUCCGACAGAGAAAGUGAACUGCCUGGACAAGUACUGGCACAAAGCAUGCUUCCACUGCGAGGUGUGUCACAUGACUCUCAACAUGAAGAAUUACAAAGGCUACGACAAGAAGCCCUACUGCAACGCUCACUACCCCAAGACUUCCUUCACCACGGUGACCGACACUCCAGAGAACCUGCGACUGAAACAGCAGAGCGAGCGGCAGAGCCAGGUGCGCUACAAGGAGGAAUUUGAGAAGAACAAGGGGAAGGGCUUCAGUGUGGUGUCAGACACUCCAGAGCUGCAGAGAAUGAGGAAGACACAGGACCAGAUCAGCAACAUCAAGUACCACGAAGACUUUGAGAAAAGCCGGAUGGGCGGGUCGCUGGAGGGGGGGGAGGAGAGGAGGAACUCUCAAGACGGCGCCAUCUUCAGGAGACCCUCGGAACCACAGCACCCCUCUCAGCCCAGCACUUCGGCCUAUCAGCAGAGCCCCAAGUCCUACAGCUUCCCUCAAUCGGCUGCCACCCCAGCCCCGGCCCCAGCCGCUGCCCGUGCUGCUGCUCCCCCCAGUGGAGGGGUGCGCUAUCGCGCGGUCUAUGAUUAUGCCGCGGCAGAUGAAGAUGAGAUCUCGUUCCUGGACGGGGAUGUCAUCCUGAACGUGCAGGUGAUCGAUGAAGGCUGGAUGUACGGCACGGUGGAGCGCACUGGAGACACAGGCAUGCUGCCUGCCAACUACGUGGAGACCGUGUGACCUGGGGGGGGACCAUGUGACCCGGGACG